CCUCAUUAGAAUUUCUCAAGAUCAGAUAGAGGAAUGUUAGGUUACAAAUGUCUCCACUGGGACAAUGUCAGUGAUUCGCGGCCAUUGAAGGACCCUGAAACCUUCUCUCUUCCGGCUCCUAUCCCUCAAUGGCCUCCAGGUCAAGGCUUUGGCUCCGGAACGAUCAAUCUCGGCAAGCUAGAAGUCAUCGAAAUCACAGACUUUGAAUUCAUAUGGCGAUACAGAUCCACAGAGAACAACAACAAGUGCAUUUCAUUCUACAAACCAAAAGGACAUUUACCUAAAGAUUUCCACUGCUUAGGUCACUACUGUCAAUCUGAUUCUCAUCCCUUGAGAGGCUAUCUUCUCGCUGCAAGAGACUUAUCAGCUUCACUAGAACAAGAACCUGCAUUAGCCGAACCUCUUGAUUUUACACCGGUCUGGAGCUCAAAUGAUUCAUCAAAUGGUUACUUCUGGUUACCGCAGCCUCCUGAAGGUUAUAAAUCAAUGGGGUUUAUCGUCACAAAGAGCUCCGCGAAACCUGAGUUGAAUGAAGUUAGAUGCGUAAGAGCUGAUCUCACUGAUAAAUGCGAAACACACAAACUCAUCGUCACAGCCGUUUCGGAAUCUUUAACAGUUCCUUUGUUUAUAUGGAGAACUCGUCCUUCAGACCGAGGGAUGUGGGGAAAAGGUGUCUCUACAGGUACUUUCUUCUGCAGAACUCGCCUUGUCUCCAGAGAACAACAUCUCAGUAUCUCUUGUCUGAAAAACCUAGAUUCCGGUUUACACGCAAUGCCGAACCUUGAUCAGAUUCAAGCCUUGAUCCAACACUACGGUCCUACACUAAUCUUCCACCCUGACGAAACCUACUUACCAUCUUCUGUCUCGUGGUUCUUCAGCAACGGUGCAGUCCUAUGCCAAAAGGGUAAUCCCAUUUGCGAACUCAUCGAUGAAAAUGGCUCGAACUUGCCUCAAGGAGGAAGCAACGACAAGCAGUACUGGAUAGACUUGCCGUUUGAUGAUGAUCACGUCAAGAGAGGUAACAUCGAAAGCUCGAAGCUUUACGUGCACGUCAAGCCAGCUCUUGGAGGGACGUUCACGGAUCUUGUCUUCUGGAUCUUCUGUCCUUUCAACGGACCAGCUACUUUAAAGCUAGGACUCAUCGAUGUUUCCUUGAUCAGUAUAGGCCAACACGUCUGUGACUGGGAACAUUUCACUCUCAGAAUCAGCAACUACUCAGGUGAACUCUACUCAAUCUACUUCUCUCAACACAGCGGCGGCGAGUGGAUCGAAUGUUACGAUCUACAGUUCGUCACCGGAACCAACAAAGCCGUCGUGUACUCGUCGAAACACGGCCACGCGAGCUUUCCUAGAGCAGGUGUUUACUUGCAAGGUUCAACGACGCUUGGGAUCGGGAUAAGGAACGACACAGCACGUAGCGAUCUCUUUGUUGAUUCCAGCUCAAGGUACGAGAUCGUCGCGGCGGAGUAUCUCGGCGCGGUGGUGAAGGAACCGCCGUGGCUGCAGUAUAUGAGAGAGUGGGGGCCGAAGAUUGUGUACGACUCGAGGGAGGAGAUUGAGAGGCUUGCGAGUCGGUUUCCGAGGACGGUUGGUGUCACGGUGGGUAAUGUGUUGAGGAAGCUUCCGGUGGAGUUAUCCGGCGAGGAAGGUCCGACGGGUCCUAAGGAGAAGAAUAAUUGGUACGGUGAUGAAAGAUGGUGAAACUGUAAAAAAAAAAGUUAAAAUUUGUUGAAAAGGGACAAAGAAAGAAAGCUUAAUUUUACGUAAAGCAUUAAUUACGCAAAGGUUUUAGUUACGAUUAGCGUAGGUUUAACGAUAAGACUUUAAGUUUGUUGUCGGAAGGGGAUACAGAUGGGUCCCAUAUUGUUAUAUUUUAAAAUUAAUUUAAUUAAUGAAAACGCUUUACUGAUUACUUAUUUAGACGAACAAACCCGACCAAACCCACACAUUCGUGUACCGUUUCCUUCUUUCUUUAUUCUCUCUCUCUUUAUGAGAAAGAUCGUUUCUUUUGAUCUGUUUCGUGGAACUCUGUUGUCUCUAGAGGGAAUCUAAAAGUUGAAACCUUUUUAUUCGUUCGAUUGAAUUUGAGUUCCAGCUUGUUUGUUCUCUGUUGAUUGAUUUUUGGAAACGAUGAGUGGUUUCCGAGAUGGUUGUUCAUCAAGUGGCUCGGUGAAUGUGAUGAUCGGAGUAUCAUCACCAGCUGAAGAAGGAGAAGACGACAACGCCGCCGCCGUGGCUCUGUCGUCGGAGGAUUCUUGUUCCCCCGACGAGACGGUGGCGGGAACAGAGAUCGACUUAGCUCUGGGUCUUAGCAUUGGUUUGAACAGAAGUAGGAAUCACUCAUCAAAGGUUCGGUCUUUUUCUUCAUCUUUGGCUUCCUCUUCGUCUUCGUCUCUGACCAAAGAAAGUGGGACGAAACGGUCUGCUGAUUCUUCUGCGGCUGCCUCAAAAGGACAAGUUGCGGUAGGGUGGCCGCCUCUACGGACUUACAGAAUCAACAGUUUGGUCAACCAAGCAAAGUCCGUGCCCACUGAAGACGACAUUCAAAAGGACACAACAACAACAACAACAAAAAACAGCGUGGUGGCUGCAGUGAAGAACGAUGAGGUUGGAUUCAUCAAAUCUCCAAUGCUUGUGAAGGUUACAAUGGACGGAGUUAUAAUUGGAAGGAAGAUUGAUCUCAAUGCUCUUGAUUCUUAUGAAGCCUUGGCGAAAACAUUGGAACAAAUGUUUUUCCACACACCUUCUUCUGUAACAACAACAAGAUGCAAGGAAACAACACGUGCUUCAGAACUGCUAGAUGGCUCAUCAGAAUAUAUUAUAACGUAUCAAGAUAAAGACGGAGAUUGGAUGCUUGUAGGAGAUGUUCCUUGGCUGAUGUUCCUUGGGUGCGUGAAAAGACUGAGAAUCAUGAGAAGAUCAGGUGAGACUGGAGGUGGCAAGUAGGGGUUCAUCUUCUCUGAGAAGACAUUCUCAGCUGAAGGGUGAAAUCAUCUUCUUUGUAAGAUGCAAAUGAUGGAACGUGGAGAUAAAAAAAAAGACAAGAACACAUAUAUAUAUACACAUGUAUUUAUGAGUAUAGUGUCUGCAGUGGUUUGUGAAUAUCAAACAAAAGUUUCGUUUAUAA